AUGAAGGACAUAACAUUGUCUUCCUUCGAGUGGUGUGAAUUUUCGCACCCUCAUCAGGACCCUAGCAGCGCUGUUCUGGAUGUAUUGGAGCUUUUGAAUGCUCUUGCUAGGGAUCCUGAUGAGGAGUGCAUUGCAAUAUUCCAGCCUGGAGGAGACAAAGGUGUGGACCAGCUUUUCUGCAUCUGCCAGAGUGCUCCUGAGGAAGUGGAACCUUCAAAGGAACCCUCGACUAAAGAUGGGAAAGAAGAAAGAAGGAAAGCUGUGACUACACGAAGACAUGAUGAUGGUGCUGAGGAUGGAGCUCUGCCACAUCCGUCCCCCACAAGUUCUCGUCCCCCACAAGUUCUUUUGCACCGAAAGAAAGCACAAAGACAUGAUGACGAUGGGAGUGAUGGUGAUGAUGAGAGUGAUGGUGAUGAGGAUGGAGCUCUGCCACAUCCGUCCCCCACAAGUUCUCAUGUUCAGCGCCGAAAGCAAGCACAAAGACAUCAUGAUGAUGAUGGGAGUGAUGGUGAUGAUGAGAGUGAUGGUGAUGAGGAUGGAGCUCUGCCACAUCCAUCCCCCACAAGUUCUCGUGUUCAGCGCCGAAAGCAAGCACAGAGACAUGAUGAUGAGGAUGGAAACAAGCAACCCACAAACACCACAAGACAGAAGAGUGUAAAGAAAACUGCAGCUAAACGAAAGUACCAUGUUGAUGCUGCUGCUGCUGCUGAUGAUGAUGGAGAGAGGCAAAACGUCUCAUCCAGAAGACCAACUGUUAAGAGACUUAAGAAGACUGCAAAUAAAACACAACACAAUGAUGACGGUAAGAUGAAUUUCUAUAAGAUAGGUACAUUCUCAGAUGAAAUUUCAAGUCACUGGGAUCAGGUUUUGAUCGACUAGGAUAUUAAUCAUGUCAUUAAAUACAAAGAUUAA